AAUAUGACAAUAAACAAGCUAUUGCCGGAUAUCUCUACAACUAUCAAGUAGUCAGGAAGAGCAAGUAACGAACGGCUUCUGUGCCCGCAGCCGCCCAGCGUUCAGAGUCGCAGGACACAAAACCCGUCGUUUUGUUGCAUCGAGGCGAUAUUACAUCAUCGAGCCUGGUCUUUCGUUUCGCUCUGGGUUCGUCGAGAGAUCCUGAUUGCUGGAGGCAGAUGAGCGGGAUACAUUGACGAGAGUGGGAAAGAAAAAGAUAUUUUGCAUAAAUGUCUGGAAAGCGAGUUAUCAUCGCGCGACCGCCGCGGCAGGAAUCAGAGCCGGUAGCAGGACCGUCGUCGGCGUCGGCGUCGUCGGCGCAGGUCCAGUCGCGACAGCAGUCUCGUCGGUCUCGCGACUCGCGGAAAGGGAAGAAGCCCGCUGUUCAAGAGCAGCCGGGCGAGGAGAGGGUGGAGCAGCAGCAAGGUGGAGAUCAACGCGCGCUGUCGGAGCAGAAACGACGGAAUAAGCAGAGAGACAGGAAACGAGAGUCGUCGCGGCAGCAGGAUACGGUGAAGACGAAGUUUGUGGUCCGGCGGUUGCCGCCUUUGUUUACAGAGGCGGAGUAUAAUGCUCUUACAGCGGGACUGAUAGAUCCAGAGAGCGUCGAGUGGGGAUACUACGUACCGGGGAAGGUACAUAAAAGUAAAUCGACGCCGCCGACUCUCUCGCGCGCAUACGCAAAGCUCAAGUCUGUCGACGGAUUGAUUGCGUUCAGCAAGGCGCUGAACGGGAAACAGGUCAAGGACAGCGCGGGCAACGAGAGCGUGAUCCAGGUGGAAUUCGCGCCGUACGACAAGAUCCCAAAGACAAAGACAAAGGCUGAUCCACGACAGGGAACGAUUGAGUCAGAUCCGGAAUUUAUAGCGUUCCAAGAGUCGCUGAAGGCAGAGCAAAGCGCUGCCUCGGCGCCGGCGCAGAUCCCCGUACCAGGAGCGGCGAACCCGGACGCGGUGGUGAUGACGAAGGAGAACGGAGAGACGACUACGCCGCUGAUUGAGUAUCUGCGAAAGAUCAAGCAAAAGUCAGGGAAGAAGAAGAAGAAGGCGGUGGACGCGGCGGGUGGAUCUGGGAGCGGCGCUGGCGAGAGCAGUAGCAGCGGCAGCAGUCGAAGGAAGAAGCGGAAGGAGAAGGAGAAGAUGAAGGAGAAAGAGAAAGAGACAGAGAAGGGAAAAGAGAAAGCGAAAGACGGGCAGAGUAACGAGCGAACGAGAGCGCGCCGGGAACGGCGGAAGGAGAAGCGGGAACGGGAGGAAGAAGGCGCGGGGGGAAGUACGGCAGCAGCUACAGCAGCUACAGAGACGGGCGCGGGAGGGCGCGGGAAAGAACGCAAGAGAAAAGGAAAGCGCGAGGGAGAUGAGGGACAGGCCGGGGAGACGAGUGGUGGUGGUUCUGCGGCGGGCGCGGGCGCGGACGCGGUCACCGGACAGGCGUCGUCAGCGGGAAGUGCCGCGUCGACGGAGACGGGGCGAGCGGAAGGAAGUACGUCUGGCCGCGCGCCUCGGAGGAGAGGGGGACGCGGGGGGAAGACUACGGCUGAGGGAGGAUCAGGAUCAGGAUCAGGAGCAGGAGCAGGAGCAGGAGCAGGACCAGCAUCAGGAUCAGGACCAGGGCCGAAUGGAGCACCCCGAGCCAGAGGAGGACCGGGACGACGAGGCCGUGGUCGUGGCGGUCAGCAGCAGCAAGGUCAACAGCCGAGCUCAUGACGUCAACUACGAUAGCUACGCAAUUAAUGCACUCUACAGAGUAG